UGUGUAAUAACUGUGUUAACUCCCCCUUCACCAAUCACCACCACGAUCUCUCCCUCACAUCAAACCGUAUAAAACUCACCUCUCUCUCCCGGUUACACAGAAAUCGCAAGCAACCAUACCAUGUCGAUGUUUCGGUUAAGCAACACCUUGCUCGGAAUCCUCAACGUCGUGACCUUCGUCCUAUCGAUUCCGAUCAUAUGGGCCGGAGUCUGGUUGAAGAACAGGGGAGACACAAUAUGCGAGCGCUUUCUUGACACACCUUUAAUUGUGCUUGGUGUCUUCAUUAUGGUGGUCUCCAUCGCUGGUCUCGUCGGCUCUUGGUGCAAGAACUCCUGUCUCCUCUGGAUCUACCUUCUGGUUAUGUUUUUGCUUAUUAUUGUGCUCUUGUGCCUCACCGUUUUUGCUUUCGUUGUCACCAACAAAGGCGCCGGUGAGAUCAUCUCUGAUAGGGGCUACAAGGAGUACCGCCUCGGGGACUACUCGAAUUGGCUACAGAAGAGAGUCGAGAGCACCAAGAAUUGGAACAAAAUUAAGAGUUGCUUGCAUGAUAGCAAAGUCUGCUCCAAGUUUAAUGAUACCUUUAUCAAUGAUAAUGUCCAGGAGUUCUAUAAAGAGCACUUAUCUGCUAUUCAGUCUGGUUGCUGUAAGCCAUCGAAUGAUUGUGGCUUUAUCUAUGAGAACCCAAUUACUUGGACCAAGACGAACACAACUUCCACAAUCAACCCUGACUGCACUGCUUGGGACAAUAAUCCAGAUGUUUUAUGCUACAGCUGCAAUUCAUGCAAGGCUGGACUCCUAGAUACCCUCAAGAGAGACUGGAAGAAGGUUGCCACUAUUAACAUCAUAUUUCUUGUCUUCCUCAUCAUUGUUUACUCUGUUGGAUGCUGUGCAUUUAGAAACAACAGAAGGGACAAUGUCUAUCACCCUGGAUGGGGAAAAGCUUGAGCUCAUUUCAGAUUGGUGAAAGAGAGAGUAGCUUUUAGUAUUAGUUAGGUCGGUUCCUCAUAUUUUCUGCACUUCUAUGAUGUUAUAGUGGCUAUUUUCAAUCUCUGUAUAGCUACCACGUUUAUUUUUCUUUAUUUUGGAACCUAUUGCCCUGGAAUGAUUAUCAGUAUCUUUUUCACGAUUUUACUGAUUACCAUAUAGUUCUGCCACAGAGUACUUCAACCACUUAAUCUAUGAGGCCAAACUGUGUGGACUUCGG